AUGUCUGUUUACCUAAGGAGAGCUGAAGUGGUGCAGGUCUCAGAGUAUCCCGGUAAUACCGCUGUCAGUGCUGUGAAAGUGUCCUCACCACAUAAUGCUUCUGCUCCUCGUAUUCACACCUCUAGUGUUGGGGACUACCCUUUCCGAAAUAUAUCUCUACCCUGGGAAGACAGAGUCAAUGACCUCGUGGGUCGUCUUACCCUGGACGAGAUGAAACUACAGAUGUCACGAGGGGGUGCGGGCACCCAAGCUGGCCCCGCCCCUGCUAUACCCCGACUGGGUAUCAAACCAUAUUCCUGGGACACCGAGUGUCUCCGGGGGGACGUGGGGGCCGGAGAUGCUACCUCUUUCCCCCAGUCGAUAGGACUUGGAGCCUCAUUCAGCCCUGAUCUGAUAUUCCGGGUGGCCCAGGCCACGGGUGAAGAGGUGAGGGCAAAGUUUAACAACUACACAAGGCACGGCAUAUAUGGCGACCGCAAAGGUGUCAGCUGUUUCAGCCCAGUCAUCAACAUCGCGAGAGACCCCAGGUGGGGCAGGAAUCAGGAAACAUAUGGAGAGGAUCCAUACUUGUCGGGAGUCUAUGCUGCAAAUUUCGUGAAGGGUCUCCAGGGAAGCGAUCCCCGCUACGUCAGAGCCAACGCAGGCUGCAAACACUUUAAUGUCCACGGCGGUCCCGAGAAUAUACCCGUGUCGCGGUUCAGUUUUGAUUCAAAGGUGUCUGAAAGAGACUGGCGCACUACGUUUCUGCCAGCCUUCCGCUCCUGUGUCAAGGCCGGGACCUACAGCCUCAUGUGUAGCUUUAAUAGAAUCAACGGAGUUCCAUCAUGUGCCAACAAGGAGCUUCUGACAGAUAUCCUGAGAACCGAAUGGGGUUUCAAGGGCUACGUGGUCAGUGACGAGGGCGCCGUUGAGAUCAUAACGAAUCAGCACUACUUCAACAGCACCGUCGACGCUGCCGCAAACUGUGUCACGGCGGGAUUGAACCUCGAACUGACCUAUUUCGAUUCUGAUCCAGUUUUCUUUGCAAUUGACGAUGCUGUGAAACAAGGCAAGCUUAAUGAAGACGAUGUCAGGAGCCGUGUUAAGGAGCUUUUCAAUGUCAGAAUGAGGCUGGGAGAGUUUGACCCACCGGAAAUGAAUCAAUACACAAAACUAAACACGUCGAUAGUUCAGGGCGAGGAUCACAGGAAUCUCUCUGUUGAGGCAGCUUUGAAGACGUUUGUUUUACUGAAAAACCAAAACGUCCUUCCCUUAAAGAAUUCCAGCUACAAGAACGUGGCGGUUGUCGGACCAAUGGCCAACAAUACAUAUCAACUGUUCGGAGAUUAUGCUCCCACGAUGAACCUCGAAUACUCCAGCAACCCUCUCCAAGGUAUAGCAUCUCUCUGGCCUACAGUGAGGUAUGGAGCCGGCUGCACCGACAACAACUGCACUCAGUAUAACUCACAAGAGGUCCAGGCGGCAGCAACAGGUUCCGAUCUCAUUUUCGUCUGUUUAGGCACAGGUCAGGAACUAGAAUGUGAAGGCAACGACAAGGCCAAUCUGGAUCUCCCUGGACAACAGCUGCAGCUGCUGCAGGAUGCUGUCAACGCCGGCCAGGCAACUGGUGCUAAGGUCAUCCUUCUCCUAUUCAACGCGGGGCCACUCAACAUCACAUGGGCUGUCGAGAGUCCCGAUGUUCAGGUUAUCAUGGAACUGUUUUUCCCAGCCCAGUCAACAGGCGAGGCAUUGCGAAGAGUACUCUUAGCAGAGGGACCAAACUCAGUUCCUGCCGGAAGACUUCCGGUUACUUGGCCUAAGUAUAUCAGUUCGGUGCCUCCCAUUACCAACUACUCAAUGGUUGAACGCACAUACCGGUACGCCACGUAUCCAGUUCUCUUCCCCUUCGGCUAUGGUCUGUCAUACACCAGCUUCUUUUACAACAUUCUGGAGUAUCCCGAUCAGGUGACAGCCGGGGCCGACUUAGCUGGUUCUGUCUCAUUCAGCAACAGGGGAUCAUUUGAUGCCGAUGAGGUCAUCCAGGUGUAUAUAUCCUGGUCUAACGCCACUGUGACAGUUCCACAGCUUCAGCUGGUGGACUUCAACAGAGUGUUUGCACCACGGGGUGUACAAACUCAGUGGAACUUCACCAUCUCGGCUGAAUCUAUGGCAGUGUGGACUGACCAGAAGGGAUGGGUUGUUGAACCAGGUGUCAUUUCAUUUUGGGUAGGAGGUCAGCAGCCCAACGCCAAACCAGCCAUCGACUCUAAUGUUAUUAAUGGCCAGUUCUCGGUAAAAGGACAGAAGAUUCUUGGUCGAUAUUAAUAUAUACCCCUUCUUGUCCUCUUUUACAUUUUACAGAAAUAAAAAUUGACAGG